AUGCACUACGCAUUCUACGAGGUGACGUCCGACUGCCGGGCCGCGUCCAUCGAUGAGUGGGCCGACUACCAGCUCUCGCAGACCGCCGCCGGCCGCACGGUGCAGGGCAACAUCGCCGCCUUUGUCGCCCUGCGCGAGGAGCAGGCCAGCCUCGGCCACACGCUGCGCCUCAUCCUCUCGCUCGGCGGCUGGACCAAGUCGACCCACUUCUCGUCCUGCAGCAAGACGCACGCCAACCGGCAGGCCCUCGUCAGCUCGGCCGUCGCGCUUCUGGACCGGACCGGCUUCGACGGCCUGGACCUCGACUGGGAGUACCCGGUCUGCUGCGGCCUGGACAGCAACGGCGUCGACCCCGCCGACUGGGAGAAUUACGUGCUGCUGCUGCAGAUGCUGCGC